AUGGCAACCAGCAUCUUCGAGCCGCUAAGCCUAGGCGGUGCGAUCCCCAUGCGCACCCGAGUGAUUAUGGGCUCAAUGACGCGCAACCGCUGCAUCAACCAGGGCAUGCCAAACGACUCGCUGGCGCGGUACUACGCCGACCAUGCACGGGAUGGCUGCGGCGCCAUCAUCGUAGAGGGCACUUUCAUCGCUCCCCGCGGGGCGGAAUGGCCCAACGCCCCUGUCAUGAGGGAAAUAUCAGACCUUGGAUUGACAGUCGACGGUUCAUAUCUGCGAUUUGUGAGCCAGGGCCAUACUGACAACAUCACGGAAAUUGAGGAUCCGCACGAGAUUGUCGAGCAAUUGCGCCGGUCGGUCAUUCUCGCGAAAGAAGCCGGGUUCGAUGAAGUCAGGCUGCUGUCGCAAGGCGGCUAUCUUCUCCACAACUUCCCGUUCUCCCACAGCAACGUCCGUACCAAUCAGUACGGCGGCACUACCAUCCAUCGCAUGCUGGUAUCAUCGUGUUCGCCGCGAUUACGGCUGUCCAAGGCGGGGGAUCUGCAAACGCCGGGGCAGCGCUUCGGCACGUUCCAGAUCAUUGUAUCCGUCAGCGGGUUGACUGGACUUCUGAUCCUUGGGAGUGUCCUCGAUGCGCAACACAACACCGUCUACUCCGGACUGCAAAUCUUUGCUUCUGUCUGCGCGUUACUGGGCACAUUGUUCAUCGGAGUAUCAACGCUUCUGCUCAGGAAAGCCAGACAAGCCAGGAAGAUAUAG